CGUGUUGCAGAUCACUGAACAUGUGUUCAGUGUUUCCAAACUAAGACAUUCAAUCUGAUUGGCCGGUCAAACACAGUCCUCUCAGUGAAGAGGAGAGAACAUAGAGAGAUUCAGCUCACUCAUAGCAGCAUCUGAAGUGACAUGGCACCUCCAACCUUUGCUCUGUGCUUCGCUUGUCUGAUUGUGGUGAAUAUUGCUCACACAACAGCUUUAAAGCAGUCAUCAUUACAUUUUCUAUCAGUUGAUGUUGGGGAAAGUGUGACCUUGUCAUGCUUUUGUCUCAAUAAGGUAUCACAAAUCUUUUACUGGUAUAAGCAAACUGUAGGACUGACGCCUAAGCUGGUGUCUUCAGUCUACAGUUACAAUGCUUACAGGGUCUUUUAUGAUGAAUUUAAUAAUCCACGUUUCUCAGUGGACACUGAAAAUCAUGAAUAUCAGCUGAAGAUUUCAGAUUUGCGUAUUUCAGACUCAGGUACUUACUACUGCAUAAAGAGCAAUUUCACUGAAUUUGAAUUUUGUGAGGGUACAACCAUAAAUGUGAAGGGUUCAGGUCUGAACAUCCCAGUUUUGGUCCAUCAGUCAGCACCGCAGACCAUCCAGCCAGGAGGCUCUGUGACUCUGAACUGCACAGUACACAAUGGGACCUGUGAUGGAGAACACAGUGUUUACUGGUUCAAAAACUCUGGAGAAUCUCAUCCAGAACAUAUUUAUACUCAUGGAGACAGGAAUGAUCAGUGUGAGAGGAAACAAAACACACAAACACACUCCUGUGUCUACAAUUUGCCAAUGAAGAACCUGAAUGUUUCUCAUGCUGGGACCUACUACUGUGCUGUUGCCUCAUGUGGACACAUACUGUUUGGAGACGCAACCAAGCUGGACUUUAAGUAUGAGGUGGACUCUCUUGUGUAUAUCUUGAGUGCAGCUUUGUCAUGCACCACCGUCCUGGUUGUGUUACUGGCUUUCACAGUGUACAAGAUGAACAAAAGGAAGUGCCAAUAUACAGAGUCUAACCUGACAUUUUCAGCUUCUUCUACAAAUGCAGCGUUACGUCAAGACACAGAGAACCUUCAUUAUGCUGCUUUAAAGGAUCUCAAGACUGACAGAUCCAGAAGACAGAGGAGCAACACCAAUACUGAAUGCGUGUACUCCAGUGUAAAGCAGUAGACCUGGACGUGUUUCUUUGCUUUGUUUCUGUAUAACAAGAUAUUUUUUAUUAGGCUAUUUAGAAUUGUCCUGAAAUAUGAACACCUAAAAUCUUUCCAUCAAAUUUCAAUGAAUAUAAAAACUUGAUAUACAAUAAACUUGCAAUGAAACAAAGUCUUGUUACAGUUUCUUUGAUGUCUUGUCAGCUGUGAAACACUCUACUCUUUGUCUCCAGAGUUUACAGAAAUACAUUCACACCUCUGUGUGUACUGCUGGGGUUAGUCUCUCUAAGAGAUUUCACAACUGAACCAAGUCUGCGUCAGUGACAUCACAUGUACAGUAUGUACAGAAGUCAUCACAGAACGAUCUGGCUGGGUUGUUUAUUGUGUCCACUGCUACACACCUGUAAGAAGCUUCUUAUAACUUCUUUGUAGGUAACAGUAAAGUGAGAUCACGUCAGAGCUUGUCUGUUCUUUGUCUCUGUGAUGUCACGCAGGAUGUCUCUCAGUGACUCUCAGUUUCUCUCUGAAUCUGACCUACAGAUCCUGUCCACAACACAAGUAUUUUGAUCCUUUACUUCAGUCGAAGAACAGAUGGCACAAUAGUUAAUGUUGUAGUUAAAGUGAAUAUCAGCUUGCUGAUGAGCAGAACUAAUCAUGUUUGAAACGAGUGGGUGUUUACCAGGCACAGAGGGUCAAAUGAAAUCAUUCUACUGAGGUGCAUUGUGGGACAUGUAGGAGUUUCAUGCUGUGCUAAUGUGCCUCCACAGGAGGAGUUUCAGCCAUAUUUUUCUGUCAUGUAUACAUUGACUGGUCACAUUUUACUGUUGAUUUGUGAACAUAACUUCAGCCCAAAGUGUUACCUAAAACUUUGUGUCACUUGUCCUCCAUUUGUGUAUUUGGCUCAGACCUCCACACCUCCUCCUAACACAGAUAACCCACAAUGCACACUCCCCUGUGCCCUCAGCUUCUGCUGCUGCUGAUAUUUUGCUUUCAGUCAGGAAGUCUCAUCCACUACUGCAGAGAGCAACGCAACAAAGGUUACUUUAAACAUGUCACUUGUGAGUGACAAACUAAAUUCCUGGAGUGAACUUAAGGAAAGUAGAGUAGUUUGAUAGUAAAAAUAGGUGCAAUGUUUGUACACAGCAUGUUAAUGUUGCUAACACAUUCUUUAAAAUGUGUAGGAAACUGCAAAAAGUUUAACAGUAAGCCGUGAGGAUGUUGUAAAUCAGGAUUAAUGGGUAAAUUAGAGCUUCUCAACUCCUUUUGUCAAGUAUUGACCUACUAAUCUGCACCACCCGGGUGAUGUCCAGACAUUUUUCAGCUGAGGGUGCAGCUUUGAUGAAACUGCUGUCAAACCGGAAGAUCACUUGACAGUGAAGGAUGUUCAAGUUUCUUGUACUCUUGUCACUGCAUGCAAUCAUUUUUUUUCUCGCUAAAAAUAAAUCA